AUGUUCAAGUUAUCCUUAAAAGUGCAGGUGUUACUCACUCAAGAUUCGGCCCGUGUCCAUCGAGAAGUGUUGAAGAACAUGCCUAUUCUGAGGAGACUUGCCCGGGCCAAAUUAGACGCCCAGCAAGUCAAACUGAUGGGAAGUAUUCUGGACGAUCUGGCUGAGUUUUGCCAUUUACCUAUGACUCCAGACGAACCUCAUCCAAUGAAUCAGAAUAUUUUAAUCAGUAAUGGAAUCUUGGAAAUCCUUUUUGAUGUUCUGUGCCAAGACAUCGACACAAAACUACUCCAAGAGCAGUAUGGUGGCAUGAAGGAAGUAUUUCGAAAGACACUCUAUUUGCUAAAACUCUUAGCAAAAGAAAACAACGCCGUCCAAACGCACAUUUUUGACCGCCUUGAUGUCCUGCUUGAUGUCCGAGUGGCCGAAUCAGACUUGGCAAUAGCCUUGAAAGAGGUUUUCGCCGGAAACCAAACCACCUGCCUUAAAAUUCAUCCGCGACAAAUUCAAAAAAUUGUCAACCGUGCUGCAGACCUACAAGAAAAAGCUCCGCAAUUUCUCGAUCUUCUAAGUAUGAUCGUGAAAGUUUUGGGAACGGGUCUCACUUUAAAAAGAAACCAAGCCUAUGUGAUGAAAUAUAUUAUGCAGAAUUACAAAAAAGUUGCCUUCGUACUGGAUUUAUCCCGAGAAAACAGAGAAAAGAUACUAAUGAAUCCGUCCAUGAUGGAAACCUUAAGAUAUUAUAUCAGCCUGCUUGAUCUCCUGGCUGCGUGUGCCGAGGGCGAAAACAUGUUUAUUGAGUCCCUAUGUCAGACUAUCCUACCAUUUGAUGACUUAUUGUGGAUACUAAACAACCAGCGGAUUGAUAAUUGUCUGAAGAAGCCUUUUCUCCGCUGCCUGCACCAUGUUUACAUGAAAAAUUCUGUGGCUGUAGUGGAAACAGGAAUCGGAGAAUUGCCUCACGACACUGAUUUGUGGGAAUAUUUAUCGAACGUAUCAGUCGACAUGAAUCGGCUGACAGACAGCAUUAAGGAAGACCCAGACAAAAUCGCCAUUCACCUAAAAACUGCUCCGGAGAAAAGCGGCGCUGCAAGUGCUCCAGAUUUUGAAUCCUCGGCCUACGGGACUGUCCUCUACAUUCUGGAAGGGGUCAUGCCAUUUCUUACAACAUUUUACAAACACUUCUACUUCCCGGACAAUGAUGCGUUCGGAAAUGAAGUGGACGAUACUGAUCAUCUGGCCAAAGCUGUCGUGAUGUUUUGCGAAGUUAUUGGACCAUUACUCUACAAACCAGAACAUAUGAAAAAUAUGGUUGCCUGUAUCACAUCUGUGGUACCGGCGUCCAAUAUGCCAAACUCGAACAUGGAAGGAAUAGUUGAGAGAUUUGCCUCUGGAAUCACCGUCGAAGAUGUAUCCAGUGCAAUACGAAGGGUAAUUCAUCUUUAA